AUGGGACCCAAGAAACCUGAAAUUGAAUGGAUUGACCUCAACAAAGUCAGGCCAUUCCAGUCUUCAAUCGAAACAAAGGAAGCCCACGAUUGUCUUCGCAGACUGGCUAGAAACUCUCUAAAGUCUGGCCCAUUCAACAUUGUCAAGGACAAGGUUGCGCCUCACAUUGCAGCCAGUAAUGAUCCUCAUGACUUUCUAAGCUAUGCUCCAUAUUGGUGGCCUGUAGAAAAGACCACAACACUUUCUGAUGGUACUACACACACUCAAGUAGAUUAUGUGCGUAAAGACGGGAAAAGAAAUCCAGACACAAAGCUGGUUCAAGAUCAGUCUCAAUUGGAAGCAUUUGCAGAGAACUUGGCUCACCUGUGCCUUGGUUAUCGUGUGUUUGGUGAUGAAUCCUAUGCACAACAUGCUGUUUUUCUCCUGAACGAAUUCUUUGUAAAUCCAAACACUCGUAUGAAUCCUAACGUAAAUUAUGGACAGGUUGUCCGAGGAUCAUCGAAUAAGACUCGCAUCGGUCGUUACACUGGUCUGAUAAGCACUCGCAGUCUUGCUAGAGUAGCGAAUGUACUCCCUUCACUAGAUGAUUACUCGGGAUAUAAACCAAUUGAAGAAUCCGUCAAUCGAUGGUUUUCCGUUUAUCUAACCUGGAUGAAGACCAGCCCGGUAGCACACGGAGCCACGACAUCCAAGAACAACCACCACAGCUGGUACAUUGCCCAGGUCGUCGCCAUCCAGAUUCUUCUGGACCGAGGACAUUGUAAAGCCAAACGAACGCUCGAGACGUUUUUCAAGUCAAUCGUGCCAAAGCAGAUUAAUGCCAGUAGUGGAGACCAGCCCUUGGAGAGCAACCGAGCCCUGCCUUUCCAUUAUCUGGUUUUCAACAUCAAGGCCAUCUUGUUCUUGGCCCAGGCAGGCCGGUCAAUCGGACUAGAUUUCUAUCCUCAGAACAACCGCUUGAUUGAACUGGCCAUCAAUUACAUCGCCGGCUUUGGAGACAGCACGACCACAGCGGCCGACAAUGCAAAGACCACGGACCUCACAGAUGCUGUACGAGUAAUGCAGAUCGCGUCGAAUGUCUGUGGAGAUACCUAUGGAGCCUACCAUAACUUUGUUGAGACCGCAAAGUCUUGUCAGUUCAGUGAGAACAUCAGUGGCCCCAAAAAUGCAAUUCAUCCUUUGUGGUGUUAUGUAAACACUGAUCAAUAGAUAUGAUCAGUAUUUGUAUUUCUUUUUUUUUUAACAUAAAAAUAUAAUCCCUCCAUAAGGUGUGUGUAUAAGAG